UGCUGGGAGGUUCGGGAACACAACAGCUCUGAGUGGUGCCACUUCAUCUGGAGCAACCCUGACUGCCGGUUGGACGGGGGAUUCCUCGACUACCUCAACGGGGUCUUCUGUGUCUUCCCCCCCCAGCUGCUGCCCCUCGCCGUCACCCUCUACGCUCUCUGGCUCCUGUACCUGUUCAUCAUCCUCAGCGUAACAGCGGAGAAGUUCUUCUGCCCAAACUUGUCAGCAAUCUCCACCAACCUGAAGCUGUCCCACAACGUGGCAAUCUUUUCCUUGACAUCUCUUCUCCAUGGUGUCACCUUCCUGGCCUUUGGCAAUGGGGCACCAGAUGUCUUCAGUGCUGUGGUGGCCUUCUCCGACCCCCGGACAGCAGGGCUGGCCAUUGGGGCCAUCUUUGGUGCCGGCGUGUUCGUGACCACAGUGGUGGCUGGGGGCAUCGCCCUGGUCAAGCCCUUCACAGCUGCCUCCAGGCCCUUCCUCAGAGAUGUCAUCUUCUACAUGGUGGCUGUCUUUGUAACCUUCAUGGUCCUCUACUUUGGCAGGAUCAGACUGGGAGAGGCUCUGGGUUACCUGGGGCUGUAUGUCUUCUACGUUUUCACCGUGGUGCUCUGCACCUGGAUUCACCGGCGGCAGCGGGGGGAUGGGCUGACCCCCUCCAGACCCUGGGAACCAGGUGAGGAGUACCGGCCCCUGCUCCCCUCCCGGGAGACCUCCCUGCGCAUCCUCACCACUGCCCUCAGCCCCUUGGACUAUCGCAAGUGGAGGAGGAAGCCUUGGUACUGGCGGCUCCUCAAGGCCUUCAAGAUGCCUGUGGAGCUAGUGCUGCUUCUCACUGUUCCCAUCGUGGACCCUGACAAGGACGACCUGAACUGGAAGAGACCUCUUAACUGCCUGCACAUCCUCACCAGCCCCCUGCUCUGCAUCCUCACCCUGAAGUCGGGUGCCUAUGGGCUGUACCAGAUCCAGGGCAUCUUCCCAGUCUGGGGACUGGUCACACUGUUUGGCUCUCUCCUGGCCAUCAUCAUCUUCAUCACCACAAGCAACGAGGAGCCACCCAAGUAUCACUGUGUAUUUGCCUUCCUUGGGUUUUUGGCCAGUGCCAUGUGGAUCAAUGCUGCGGCCACAGAGCUGGUGAACAUUCUGAGGACCCUUGGCAUCAUCUUCCAGCUGAGCAACACCGUGCUGGGCUUGACACUACUGGCCUGGGGCAACAGCAUCGGUGACACCUUCUCUGACCUCACCAUGGCACGGCAGGGCUAUCCCCGCAUGGCCUUCUCCGCCUGCUUCGGGGGCAUCAUCUUCAAUAUUCUGGUGGGUGUGGGACUUGGCUGCCUGCUGCAGAUGACCAGUGGCCAGCUGGUGGUGAAGCUGGAGCCUGACAGCGUCCUGGUCUGGGUCCUGGCUGGGGCCCUGGGGCUGAGCCUGGUCUUCUCCUUCGUGUCAGUGCCAGUGCAGUGCUUCCAGCUGGGCAAGGCCUAUGGCAUCUGCCUUAUCACCUACUACCUGGUCUUCCUCUGUGUGGCCCUGCUCACCGAGUUCAGGGUGAUCCAUCUCUCCACCCUGUGA